UGCGCCUGCACCGGAAAUAAACGCCUCCCGGCCGAGCAGGGACAUAGGAUCGCCGGAACGCCGCGCUCCCGACUUCUGCUUCCGGGUCAGAGGCAUGGCGGUGGCAAAUUCAAGCCCUGUCAAUCCGGUGGUAUUCUUUGAUGUCAGCAUUGGCGGCCAGGAAGUUGGUCGUAUGAAGAUUGAGCUCUUUGCAGACGUUGUGCCUAAGACGGCGGAGAAUUUUAGGCAGUUCUGCACAGGAGAAUUCAGAAAAGAUGGGGUUCCGAUAGGAUACAAGGGGAGCACCUUCCACAGGGUCAUAAAAGAUUUCAUGAUUCAGGGUGGAGAUUUUGUUAAUGGAGAUGGUACCGGAGUUGCCAGUAUCUACCGGGGGCCAUUCGCAGAUGAAAAUUUUAAGCUUAGACACUCAGCUCCAGGCCUUCUUUCCAUGGCAAACAGUGGUCCCAGCACAAAUGGCUGCCAGUUUUUCAUCACCUGCUCUAAGUGUGAUUGGCUAGAUGGGAAGCACGUGGUGUUUGGAAAAAUCAUUGAUGGACUUUUGGUGAUGAGAAAGAUUGAGAAUGUUCCCACAGGCCCUAACAAUAAACCCAAGCUGCCUGUGGUGAUCUCACAGUGUGGGGAGAUGUAGUCCAGAGGGAGACUGAAUCAGACCCUCUGCCACUGCAGACCUUCCCUUGCUCGAUGUGGUACUCUUGAGUAAGAUAACCUGGACUGGCCCCUGUGUUGGCUUCCGUGCUGGCUGCUGCCCCAUUUGAUCAAGAAAGAGACCUUGAAAGCAUCACAGAUUCAAAACCCCGAAUUUUGUGUUUAGUUUUCAACUGUAAAUAAAGUUGUUUGGUUUUUUUU